GGAUCACUUCCGGUCCCGGGCUCGGCGAUGGCGGAGGCCUCCGCGUCCUGCUCGGCUGCGGUGGGCGGCGGCUCCCCUCCCUCCUCCUCGCCGCCGCCUUCUCCCGGGGCCGCGGAGGACGGCGAGCGCGGCUGGAGCGAGGCCCAGUUCCGGCGCUACAGCUUCGAGACGCGGCCCAUCCCCCGGCUGCGCCAUGGAGACCCCCGCGCCGAAGAGCUCCUGGAGAGCGAGGAGCCAGUAGUGCUCACAGACACAAAUCUGGUGUUUCCUGCCCUGAAAUGGGAUCUGGACUACCUCCAGGAGAACAUUGGCAAUGGAGACUUCUCAGUGUACAGAGCCAGUACCCACAAGUUCUUGUAUUACGAUGAGAAAAAGAUGGCCAAUUUUAGGAACUUCAAGCCCAAGUCAAGCAGGGAAGAGAUGAAAUUCAGCGAGUUUGUUGAGCAGCUCCAGGAAAUCCAACAGCAGGAGAGUGGAGAACGGCUAUAUCUGCAGCAGACGCUCAACGACACAGUCGGGAGGAAAAUUGUAGUGGAUUUCCUGGGCUUUAAUUGGAAUUGGAUUAACAGGCAACAGGCAAAGCGAGGCUGGGGUCAACUGACAUCCAACUUGCUUCUGAUUGGUAUGGAAGGGAAUGUGACUCCAGCUCACUAUGAUGAACAGCAGAACUUCUUUGCUCAGAUUAAGGGCUACAAGCGGUGCAUCCUCUUUCCGCCUGAUCAGUUUGAGUGUCUCUAUCCCUAUCCUGUGCAUCACCCAUGUGACAGGCAGAGCCAGGUUGACUUCGAUCAUCCUGACUACGAGAAGUUCCCUAAUUUCCAGAACGUGGUGGGCUAUGAAACGGUGGUGGGCCCGGGCGAUGUGCUGUACAUCCCCAUGUACUGGUGGCACCACAUAGAGUCUUUGCUGAACGGAGGAACCACCAUCACUGUGAACUUUUGGUACAAGGGUGCCCCAACCCCCAAAAGGAUUGAGUAUCCCCUAAAGGCUCACCAGAAAGUGGCGAUAAUGAGGAACAUUGAGAAGAUGCUGGGCGAGGCCCUCGGGAACCCACAAGAGGUGGGUCCCUUGCUGAACAUGAUGAUUAAAGGACGCUACGACUAGUCCUUGGCCACUGCACCGGUGGAUGUUGGAGCUGCUUCCAUGGACAUGUCGUGGGAAAUCUGAGCGCUAGUAUUGCACACAGCACUUAAAAAGAGAGUGCCACGCCCCUGGCCCAGCUCUGCCACACUCUACACCCGUACAGGGGACGACCAGCACUGUGUUCCCUGAGCAAGAACCUGACCGUCAGUCACUCUGCGUGUUCCCUGCCUGCCCGGUAUACAGAGCUUGGCUCCUGGUACUUGAUUGAUGUUGAAAGCGUUAUGAAAUAUAUUGGGGAGGGAGCAAAGUGCAGGCUGCUGUUACCAGACUCCCGAACUCAUGCCACUACUCAAGAGCGUCUGGUGUUUCCUCAGGAUGGAUGCACCGCUUCCCAGUCUGGAACCAAAAACACGUCUGUGUGGAGGAAGCUUUUGGCCACGUCGUACUUUGGUGUCGAUUGCUUUCUUGUCUCUGGGUAGAGGAAACGAGCGCAUGACGGCAUCGGUGUGGGGAACGACCGGACACGUGGCCUUUGGAUCUUCCUUCCACACCUUGGCGUUAGAAAUACUCCCGGAAAGCCGCCUCCUCCCAGUUGUUCCUUCCCUCUGAUUUUGCCUUUCUGUUUUUUUGACUGAAGUGAGUUUCUUGUUGAUGACGUCGUUUCCUCCUUGACAGCAAGCGGAUGAAUGGCAGGCCAGUUUGGAGACACCGGAGCCUUCCGAGCCCCCCCC